CACCACAACACGAGGAACUGUGUUAAAGUUUUGCAGCAUUAGGAAGAUUGAAAGCCACUGCCACAGGAGAACCUAGAAGCCAACAGCCUUGAGCAGCGUUGGAUUUGUAGACUCUGGGGCUGCUUGACCUGGAAAGAUAGGUUGAGAAGUCUUCUGUCUGUUGGACAUUCUUUUCUGGACCUCAGUAGAAUCUGUUCAACCAUCUACCAAAGGCUGUUGAACCAAGUCUCUCCCAAAGCCUCCCCUUGGAGGGCCACCCCACUGCGUGCAGGCAGUCGGGGAUUAGCUCUCAGUGGGCUCCAACCUCUUGCAGGAUGACAGAGAAGGAGGUACCGGAAUCCCCUAAGCCCCCCUUCCCAUCAGAGACUCCACAAAGUGGGCUACAACGCCUGAAGCAGAUGUUCAAGAAGGGCCCUCCAGAGACAACAGAGAUGGAGCCUCCCCCAGAGCCCCAGGCCAAUGGAGAGGCAGUCGGGGCCGGGGGUGGGCCCAUCUACUAUAUCUAUGAGGAAGAAGAGGAAGAGGAGGAGGAGGAGGAACCACCCCCAGAACCUCCUAAGCUUGUCAAUGAUAAGCCCCACAAGUUCAAAGAUCACUUCUUCAAGAAGCCCAAGUUCUGUGAUGUCUGUGCCCGGAUGAUUGUGCUCAAUAACAAAUUUGGGCUCCGCUGUAAGAACUGCAAAACCAACAUCCAUGAACAUUGCCAGUCCUACGUGGAGAUGCAGAGAUGCUUCGGCAAGAUGCCUCCAGGUUUCCGUCGUGCCUAUAGCUCCCCACUCUACAGCAACCAGCAGUAUGCUUGUGUCUCCGCUGCCAAUCGCAACGACCCUGUGUUUGAGACCCUGCGCGUCGGGGUGAUCAUGGCCAACAAGGAACGGAAGAAAGGACAGGCAGAUAAGAAAAAUCCUCUGGCAGCCAUGAUGGAGGAGGAACCAGAGUCAGCCAGACCAGAGGAAGGCAAGUCCCAGGAUGGAAACAAUGCAGAAGGAGACAAGAAGGCUGAGAAGAAAACACCAGAUGACAGACACAAGCAGCCCGGCUUCCAGCAGUCUCAUUACUUUGUGGCUCUGUACCGGUUCAAAGCCUUGGAGAAGGAUGAUCUGGAUUUCCCGCCAGGGGAGAAGAUCACCGUCAUUGAUGACUCCAAUGAGGAGUGGUGGCGGGGGAAAAUCGGAGAGAAGGUCGGAUUCUUCCCUCCAAACUUCAUCAUUCGGGUCCGGGCUGGGGAACGUGUGCACCGUGUAACCAGAUCCUUUGUGGGCAACCGUGAGAUUGGGCAGAUCACUCUGAAGAAAGACCAGAUCGUCGUGCAGAAAGGAGACGAAGCUGGCGGCUAUGUCAAGGUCUACACCGGCCGCAAGGUGGGGCUGUUCCCCGCCGACUUCCUGGAGGAGAUUUAGGGGUUCUGGCGCCUGCUGGCCGGAGACACCUAGGCCUGGUUCUGGGCGGGGCCCAGUGCGGGCCCGGAGGUGGGGCUGCUGGGCUACCGGAUGAGGAGGGUUGGAAAGGCCUGCCGGAGCACGGCGAUGUUUCUGGGGGCCUGUCUCCCACCUCUCCCCCUGCCUAGGCCUUCGGAUACCCGGAGCGCUGAGCAGGCGGCCCCAGUAAGACCCACACUGGAGGCCCGUCCAAGAGCUGGGGGGCGGGGUGCACGCCCAUAAAGAGGCGCCGAGGCCCGAACUGUCAGAGGUUGCGGAUCUAUUAAAGU